AUGGUCGGAGUGUCCGACUAUCGUGAUAUUUCUCGCGAUGGGAGCGAUGCGACAAAGGAAUGGUCAUCUACGCCUGACGUCGUCAAGACCGUCUCAGAUGAUGCGGAACGUCGAGGCUUGCGCCGCUUCAAGCUCGAUAAACUACUCACGAAAGAAGUGCAGGAUGCCUUGGAAGCGGCGUCGGUGGAAGCCAAGAUGCGUCAUCGCGAGAUCGAUAUCCGCCCGACCGAGUGCGAAAUAACGCGAUCGCAGGAUUUUUAUUUUAACCGAAUGAAAGAGGCCGCCGAAAAUGCGCCCAUUACCGGUCUGCUUCCGGAAUGGGAGGAGAGAAUUCGCGAGUUAGCGGGCCGGUCGCCUGGCAAGUACGCGGAUUUUCUGGAGGAGCAGAUGUGGGAGAUGAAGGAGCGUUACCGGGAGACGAUGCGGCGCAUGGCGAUACGCCGAAUAAUAGCUAUUGAGGAGGAGGAGGAGAACGGCAUCGUCGCGCCGUACAAGCAUCCUGGCCGCACGGAGUCGAUGGCGAAAUUUCAGCGGAACCGUUGCGCGCUCGCCAAACAAUAUCACUUGUCGCACAGGCUUAUCAGAAGCAUCGUCGCGAAGGCGCAGCUGCUGCUGCCGGAGGUGCUCUGCGAUAUCAGGCGGUAUCGCGGGCUCAACUUCCUCGAUCUCGACAGAUUUUUGGACUCGGUCGAGGCGGACCUGAAGAAGAGUGCACAUGUCGUCAUUGCGUCUUACUACAGCAGGAUCGUGCGAACGGUCUCACAGCGUCGCAACAUCCAGGAUGUCGCGAUGGACGUACUGCUGCGCUUCCUCAAGUGCGCUACGCGGCUGCUCGGUCUGCAGAUAGUAAACCGCGUGAUCGUCACCAUCGAGCGUCUCCUGACGGUCCUCGGCGACUCCACGGCGAUACCUUUGCUACGGUUUGAGCUGAAGUGCGAGAAGGACGAUCUGUUCGUGAAUCCGCGGCUGCCGGAGCUGCACGAGGUCUUCCACCGUCUCGUGGACAACAUAGCGCGCUUCGCGCGGCACUUGCCGCCGUUGGAAUCAUGGGCGCGAAUCCGAGGCCGCGUCGUCGGGAUGACCGGCGCGAGUCACGAGGACUACGGGUCGCCGUUUGCCGCGCCGCCGGACUGGUACCUGGACGAGGCGCACCAACGCUUGGACCUGCUCCUGCGAGACAUCUUCCGACCUUUGAACGACUACGUGGAGGAAUUGCGGCUGCGGUUCGGCGACAUUUAUCGGGCGGACGCGCACCGCGAUGCGGUCGAGCAGACCGAGAAGGAGCGCUCCCUCGAGGAAUGCGUCGCGCAAGUCGAGGACUUCAAUCGACGGAUACGCGAUAUCAACGGCAUGCCCGACAACGAGUACCUGUCGACAAUGAGUCUGCAUCAGGUCGCCGCGAAACGCGGCCUCGCCUCCUACGCGAGCGAGCUGCGCGCACUCGUCAUCGACGAGCUCGUCAAGCGUCACUGGAACUACAAUGUCGAGAUAUGCAACAUCUUCGAGAGGCUGAGGGACCGGGCGUUGAACGUCCCGCGCACCACCAAGGAAAUGCUGGAGCUCGGUCAGUACAUGCUGAUGGCGACAUCGACGUUGAUGCGGGAGAUGCAGGAGAAGAUCACGCUCUCGCUGCGCAUGGUGGGCUCGCUGAUCGAGAUGACCAGCCUCAGCAAGUCCCACAUCGAGCUGAACAACACGACGGUGCAAUGGCUGAAGCGCAUCAAGCCGGUCUUCGAUCGCAGCUCGUCGAUGUACGAGCAGAUGAAGUUCGAGCUGGAGGAGAAGCUACAGGAGGAGGUAGUGGUGCUGAACGCGAACGUGGAGAACAUGUUCCCAAGGCUGGUCAUGAUGGACGACAUGGACGACAUCGAGCGCGUCAAGGACUACAUAGAGGAUAUGCGCAAGAUGAUGCGCCAAUUGGAACGCAUGGAGCAGCGGGCCCGGGCGAUAAACGCCGAGGAGUCGCUUUUUCAGUUCCCGUUGACGCAAUAUCCGCGCAUCCAGGAGCUGAGAGACAACAUCCUGCCGUUUUAUCAUCUGAUCUACAAGGCCUACCAGUGGCAACGGGAUCGCGCCCUCUGGCUGGACGGGCCUUUCGAGUACCUCGACGUGCAGUACAUCGAGGACAAGAUCAAUCAGUACUUGAUCGACUUCAAUCGGAGCUACAAACUGUUCAAGACGCGAAUCAAAAUGCAGAUCGCGACGAAUUAUCCGUACAGUUUUGCAGGACUGGUAGACGAUCCCGAUCCUUUUCAGCAACCGUCGCCUCAGAAGCUCUGCUAUCAGCUGAUGGAAAACGGGAAAUGGUUCAAGCGAUACAUUCCGUUGUUGGCCAUCUUCCGCAAUCCGGCGAUGCGGCAGCUGCAUUGGGACAACAUGUCGGGGAUCGCGGAAUUCGACCUGACGCCGGACGCCGGCACGACCCUGAGGAAGAUAAUCAACAUGAACCUGUUGGAGGAUCUGGAGAAAUACGAGAUAAUCAGCAGCAGCGCGACGAAGGAGCUGGUGCUCGAGGAUUCGCUCGCGAAGAUGAAGAGCGAAUGGGACGAUAUCAUCUUCACCACUACGCCGUACAAGGACACCAGGGUCUCAAUCUUGAUGCAGUUGGACGACGUGCUAACCCUUCUUGAGGAGCACAUAAUCAAGCUCCAGAUGAUGCGAGGCUCAGCCUUCGUGAAACUCAUCGAGGAGGACGUCAAGGUGUUCUACGCGCUGCUUCUUCGCGUCCAAUCGACGAUCGACGAGUGGACGAAGGUGCAGAUGCAAUGGAUGUAUCUGCUGCCGAUCUUCUCAAGUAAAGACAUCGUGGAGCAACUGCCCGAUGAGGAGGUGUUGUUCAUCGAGGUCGACGCGACGUUUCGCAAGGCGAUGCAGCGGGUCGACAGGGAUCCCCGAGUUCGCGAGACCGCCGGCGUCUUCGGUAUGUUGGAAAGUAUGCUGACGGCAAAUAUGAUAAUGGAGAGGGUCAACAACGGCGUACUGAAUUACCUCGAGAAAAAACGACUGUUCUUCCCGCGAUUCUUCUUCCUGAGCAACGACGACAUGCUUGAGAUUCUUUCCGAGACGAAGGAACCACUUCGCGUUCAGCCGCACUUGAAGAAGUGCUUCGAGGGGAUCAAUCGGCUGGGUUUCGACAAAGACCUGGAAAUUUAUUGCAUGUUCAGCGACGAUAAGGAGGAAGUGCCGAUGCAGGAAGUUAUCUCGACGGCAGCGGCGCGCGGAUGCGUCGAGCGAUGGCUGCUUCAAGUCGAGAAGCAGAUGUUGAUAUCGGUAAGGGAGGAGAUUUACUUGAGCUACUUGGAAUACGAGCUGAAGGAACGAGUGGAAUGGGUGGUCCUUUGGCCCGGCAUGGUUGUCCUGUGCGUCGCGCAGAUUUACUGGAGCCUCGACGUGCAUAGCUGCCUGGUCGGUCGCGCGACCCACGCGAUGGAGUCGCUUUACGAGAAGCUGAGGGGCCAGAUCCUGAAGCUGGUCAAUCUGGGAAAUGGAUUUCGGCCGGCAGGGCAGCUCUCCAAGCAGAAUCGAACAACGCUGAACGCUCUGAUCACCAUCGACGUUCACGCGAUGGACGUUGUCAAGUCCCUCAUCGAGAAACAGAUCGUCAGCGAGAUGGACUUCGAGUGGCUGUCGCAACUUCGUUAUUACUGGGAGGACGACGUCUACGUUAGAAUCAUCUAUUCGACGGUCAGGUACGCGUACGAGUACCUCGGCAAUUGCUCGCGUCUCGUCAUCACACCGUUAACCGACAGAUGUUAUCGCACGUUGAUCGGCGCGUAUUCGUUGCACUUGAACGGCGCACCCGAAGGUCCUGCAGGCACCGGCAAGACCGAAACGACAAAGGACCUGAGCCGAGCCAUCGCAGUUCAAUGCGUGGUCUUCAACUGCUCCGAGGGCCUCGACUACAAGAAUAUGGGCAAGUUUUUCAAGGGUCUGGCGAGUUGUGGCGCUUGGUCCUGCUUUGACGAAUUCAAUCGUAUCGAGCUGGAAGUCCUGUCAGUCGUGGCGCAACAAAUCUUAUGCAUAAUACAGGCGGUGCGCGGCCAUUUGGAGACUUUCGUCUUCGAAGGCACCGAGUUACAGUUGAACCCGGCGGUUUACGUAUGCAUCACGAUGAACCCGGGCUACGCCGGCCGAUCGGAGCUGCCGGACAACCUGAAGGUCCUGUUCCGCACAGUCGCCAUGAUGGUGCCGGACUACGCGAUGAUCGCCGAGAUCUUCCUGUACUCCUCGGGUUUCGGCACUGGCCGCGACCUCUCCACGAAGAUCGUCACCACGUACAAGCUCUGCUCCGAGCAGUUGUCGUCGCAGUCGCACUACGACUACGGCAUGCGCGCGGUCAAGACCGUGCUGUCGGCGGCGCAGAGCCUGAAGCUCAAGCACCCGGAUGAGGACGAGGCGGUGCUGCUGCUGCGCUCGCUGAUCGACGUGAACCUGCCCAAGUUCCUCUCCCGCGAUGUGCCGCUCUUCCAGGGCAUCGUGUCCGACCUGUUCCCAGGAUUGUCGCUGCCCGAGCCGAGCUACGAGCAGCUGCUCACCGCGGUGAAGGAGGCCGCCCAGAGGCGGAACCUUCAGCCGGUCAGCGUGUUCCUGCUGAAGAUCGUGCAGACCUACGAGAUGAUGAUGGUGCGCCACGGCUUCAUGCUGGUCGGCGAGCCGUUCUCCAGCAAGAGCUCGGUGCUGCGCACCUUGGCGGACGCGCUCACGCUCAUGCAGGAGCACGGUCUCGAGGACGGCGUUGCCACCACGUACUUCGUGCUGAAUCCGAAGGCCGUCACGUUGGGCCAGCUGUACGGCUACUUCGACCCGGUGUCGUCCGAGUGGAGCGACGGGGUGUGCGCGGCGGCGUUCCGCCGCUUCUCCAGCGAGGACUCGCCCGACCGCAGGUGGAUCAUCUUCGACGGGCCGGUGGACGCCGUCUGGAUCGAGAGCCUGAACACGGUGCUCGACGACAACAAGAAGCUCUGCCUGACGUCCGGCGAGGUGAUGCGCAUGAGCGACACCAUGUCCAUGAUCUUCGAGACGAUGGACCUGAUGCACGCGUCGCCGGCCACCGUCUCCCGCUGCGGUAUGAUCUACAUGGAGCCGCGCUCACUCGGCUGGCAGCCCCUCCUCGAGUCCUGGCUCGUCCGCUUGAAUCCUGCGUGGUGCAACGCGAUGGUCGGCGAACUCUUCCUCUGGCUGAUGCAGCCGUGCUUGAACUUCAUACGCGGAGAGUGCCGGCUGACCGUGAACGCCGGUGAGAUUCACCGUGCGGUGUCGACCAUGUCGUUCUUCGAGCUGCUCAUCGAGGACGCCGUGGAGGAGAGUCCCGGUGCGUUCGAGCAGAACCUGCAGGCCUGGUUCCAAGCCGCCAUGAUCGUCUCCAUGGUGUGGGGCGCAGCCGGCACGCUGGACUGGGAAUCGCGGGCCAAGUUCGACGUGUUUUACCGCAACCUCUGGAAAAACGAGCAUCCGGACUUCCCGACGCCCGAGUGCGUGACCGCCGACCCGAUCUCCCUGCCGGGCGAUGAGCCGAUUCACGACCAGUACUACCACUUCCGGGGCAGAGGCGCCUGGCGACGGUACACCGAGGCCGCGAAGACGCAGCAGUUCUCGGAGACGGAGAGCAUCGCGCGCACCAUCAUUCCCACCGGCGAGACGGUGAAGUACCAGAGCGUGAUGACGAUGCACAUCAGGCGGCACCGGUGCUUCCUGCUCUACGGCGACACCGGCACCGGCAAGAGCAUCUACGUGAAGGACCUGUUGACCAACAGGCUGGACGAGACCAAGUACCUGCCGAACCUGAUCACCUUCUCGCCGAGGAUCACCGCGGCGCAGACGCAGGAGCUGGUGCUGGUGAGGCUGCUCAAGCGACGGGGAGGGACUCAGUACGGGCCUCCGCACGGCACGCACUGCAUCGUCUUCGUCGACGAGGUUAACGCGCCGACGAAGGAGAUAUACGGGGCGCAGCCGCCGAUCGAGUUGCUGCGCCAGUUCCUCGAUCACGGGGUCUGGUUCGACCUGAAGAAGCCAGAUCCCCUCGUCGUGCUGAACACGAUGUUCGUGUGCGCGAUGGCGCCGCCCGGGGGCAGGAGGCACGAGAUAUACCAGCGCUUCCUGCGCCACUUCAACGUGUUCACCAUAUGCGACUUCACGCGCGACACCCUCUUCCGGAUCUUCACGAACCUGGCGUUCGUCGGGCUGAAGCAGCACGGCUUUACCGCCGGGGUGAUGCCGCUCGUCAACGACCUGGUGAACGCCACUACGCGCGUCUACAGGGACGCGAUCACGUAUCUACGGCCGACGCCGCUGAAGCCGCACUACCUCUUUAAUCUGCGCGACUUUGCGCGCGUCAUCACCGGCUGCGCCCUGCUGAAGAAGGAGUCCGCGGACACCGGCAAGAGCGUCUUCUGCAGGCUGUGGGUGCACGAGGUGCUGAGGGUGUUCGGUGAUCGGCUGGUCGAUCAACCGGACCGGCGCUGGCUCUGCCAGGAGAUCAGGGCGACCGUGGAGAUCGUGCUGAAGGAGCGCUUCGACGCGUUGCUCGGCCACCUGCCCAGGUACAACGACCAGAUCACGGAGGAGAGCCUCAACGACCUGAUCAUGGCCAACUUCAUGGACCCGGAGGUGUCGGUGGAGUUCCGGCUUUACGAGGAGAUACCGUCGCUGGAGGAAUGCCAACGAGUGGCCCUCCUGUUCCUGCAGGAGUACAACGACACCCACCGCGACAAGAUCGACAUCACCCUGUUCCGCUACGCACUCCAGCACCUCGCCAGGAUCUGCCGGGUGCUCUCCAUCCCGUGCGGCAGCCUGCUGAUGAUCGGCACCGGAGGCUCAGGCAGGCAGAGUCUGACGAGGCUCGCCUCCGCCAUCGCGGGCUACGGCCUCCGUCAGCCGGAAAUCACCGGCAUGUACGGCCUGCAGGAGUGGCGAGAGGACGUGAAGUGGGCGCUGAAGAAUUCGGGCGGAGUCGGCAAGGACCUGGUGUUCCUGCUGGCCGAGGAGCAGAUACGCGACGACGCGUUCCUCGACGACGUGGACAGCCUGCUGAACGACGGCGAGGUGCCGAACAUCUUUAACGUCGAGGAGCGCCAAGAGAUCGUCGAGAUGACGCGGCUCGCCGCCCAAGGUGGCGACCGCAACCUGGAUAUCUCCGUGUUGAGCGUGCUGGCCUUCUUCGUCGCCAGGUGCCGAGAGAAGCUGCACAUCAUGCUCUGCCUCAGCCCGAUCGGCGACGCCUUUCGGAUCCGCGUGCGGAUGCAUCCCGGCCUGGUGAAUUGCUGCACCAUCGACUGGUUUGACGCCUGGCCGGAGGACGCGCUCGAACAGGUGGCGAGGCGCACCCUCGUCGACCUCGAGCUCGCCGAGAACGUCAAGGACGAGUCUGUGGCGGCCUGCAAGUUCUUCCACAGCUGCACCAAGGACGUGAGCGCCAGGUUCUACGAGCUCACCGGCAAGAAGACCUACGUCACCACCGCCUCGUUCCUCGACCUCAUGCGCAUGUUCGCCGACUUGACGACGGAGAAACGACGGGAGAUUGCUCAGACUAGAGAGCGGUAUAUCAACGGCUUGGACAAGCUGGAAUUUGCGGCCGAGCAGAUCGCUCAGAUGCGCAUCACGCUAACGGAACUGAGACCGCAGCUCGAAGCGUCCGCGAAGGAAACGGCGGAGACUAUGCGGCAGAUCGAGAAGGAGGACGCGAGUGUGAAGCAAGCGACGAUCUUAGUGAAGAAAGACGAGAAUGUGGCCAAAGUGCAAGCUGAAAUCGCCAUGCAGCUGAAGGAGGAAUGCGAGGCAGACCUGGCCGAGGCUCUGCCGGCUUUGGCCGAGGCCAUAGCCGCGCUCGACACGUUGAAGCCGGCGGACAUCGCCGUGGUGAAGACCAUGAAGAGCCCUCCGGAGGUCAUUAAGCUGGUCAUGGCGGCCGUGUGCGUGAUGCUGAACGUACCGCCGGUGAGGAAGGACAUUCCAGCCACCGGCGUUAAGGUUCUGGAUUAUUGGACGCCCAGCAAGCGCAUACUUGGUGAUAUGAAGUUCCUGGAGAGCCUGCGGCAGUAUGACAAAGACAACAUCCCGGAAGCCAUAAUGCAGGAAAUCAAGAGAACAUACAUGACGAACGUGAACUUCGACCCGAAGGUGGUGGCGCGCGCCUCUUCCGCCGCCGAGGGCCUCUGCAAGUGGGUGCGCGCGAUGGUCUUGUACGACGGCGUAGCGAAGAUAGUCGCGCCGAAGAAGGCCAAGCUCGCCGCCUCGGAGCGCGACCUGAAGAACACCCUCGCGUUUCUGGAGGAGAGGCGGCUGAUGUUAGCAGAGUUGAACGAGAGGCUGAAGGUGCUGCGCGAGAAACUGAACGAGACCCUAACGCGGAAGAUCCGUCUCGAGGACGAGGUGACGAACUGCAGAAACAAACUAAUCCGCGCGGAGAAGCUGAUCAGCGGUCUGGGAGGCGAGCGGGACCGCUGGACCGCAGCCGCCGAGAUGCUCUGGGCGGCCUACGAGGCGCUGCCCGGCGACAUCCUGAUAUCCUGCGGUGUGAUCGCUUACCUGGGACCCUACACGGCCAGCUAUCGCACCGAGAGCCUUGACAAGUGGACGAAGUACGUGGCGAAGUCCGUGAUACCUUGCUCGCGGGAAUACAACUUCGUCGCGAUUUUGGGCACCGAGGUGAAGAUCAACUCGUGGAACUUAUUCGGCCUGCCUCGCGACUCCUUCUCCAUCGAGAACGCCAUAAUCAUGGACAACUCGAAGCGCUGGAGCCUGUUCGUCGAUCCGCAAGGUCAGACGAACAAGUGGAUCCGCAACAUGGAGAAGAUGAAUGACCUCCGGGUGGUCAAGUUGACCGAUCGCAACUAUAUGAACGUCGUCGAGCGCUCGAUCGAACAAGGUAAGCCGGUACUGAUCGAGAACAUCAUGGAGGAAUUGGACGCGGCCCUGGACCCGAUACUGAUGCGGCGGAUAUACAAGUCCGGCGGCUUCUGGUACAUCACCCUCGGCGAGAGAAACAUCGACUACAAUCCGCGCUUCCGGCUGUACAUGACGACCAAGCUGCGCAAUCCGCACUACUCGCCGGAGGUGUUCAACAAGGUGACGCUCAUCAGCAGCGCCUUGACGCUGGAGGCGUUGGACGAUCAGCUGCUGGGCAUAGUGGUCGCGAAGGAGCGGCCGGAUCUGCAGGAGAAGCGCGAGUACCUGAUCGUGCAAAACGCCCUGAACGUGAAAGCGCUGAAGGAGGUGGAGGACAACAUCCUGCGGAUACUGUCGGUCGCCGGUGCCGGCAUCCUCGAGGACGAGGAGGCCAUCGGGAUCUUGGACUCGUCGAAGAUCCUGUCGAGCGACAUCGAGAAGAAGCAGGUGGCGGCGAAGAAGACGGCGAUGCAGAUCGACAUGUUCCGCCAGAGCUACCGGCCGAUCGCCAAAUACAGCGCGGCGCUCUAUUACACCAUCACCGACUUGCCCAACAUCGACCCGAUGUACCAGUACUCGUUGACGUGGUUCAUCAACCUGUACGUAGGCUCGAUCGAAACAGCCAGUAAGAGCAAGGACCUCGAACGCCGACUCGGCUUCCUGCGCAGCGCGUUCACUUACAAUCUCUAUCAGAACGUGUGCAGGUCGCUGUUCGAGAAGGACAAGAUCCUGUACUCGUUUAUUCUGUACACAACGAUCCUGCUGGCGUCGGGCGGUAUCACCGAGGACGAGAUGUCAUUUCUCAUUACCGGCGGCUUCGCUGUGGGAGAGCCGACCGUGAAGAAUCCCGCCGCCGAAUGGCUGCCCGAAAAAUCCUGGAGUGAGAUAUCCAGGAUCGUCAGCGCUUCGCCGGCUUUCAUGGGCUUUAUGCGAAGUUUCCGGGACGAUUUGCCGUCCUGGAAGAAGUUCUACGAUCUCUUGGACCCGGUGGACGCGUCUUUGCCGCAACCUUGGGAAACGAGGCUGACGCCUUUCCAGAAGUUGAUCGUCGCGAGAGUGAUAAGACCGGAUAUCGUGCCGAUAAAGAUCCAGCGCUUCGUGGAGGCCGGGAUGGGUCUGAAGUUCGUAGUGCCUCCGCCCUUCGACCUCGCCAAAUCGUAUGCCGAGUCGAAUUGCUUGACGCCUCUGGUGUUCAUCUUAUCGGCCGGAUCCGAUCCCAUGGGCGCAUUGACGAAAUUCGUCGAGAGCAUGAACUACAUGGACCGUUUCGAGUCGAUCUCGCUGGGCCAGGGUCAAGGGCCUAUCGCGCAGAGAAUGAUCGAGCGAGCGCAGGGGGACGGUUCCUGGGUCUGUCUGCAAAACUGCCACCUGGCCGCCUCCUGGAUGCCCGUCCUGGAGAAGAUCUACGAGUGCCUCGACCACGUCAACACCGAGCAGAACUUCCGCCUGUGGCUGACCAGUUACCCGUCGGACAAGUUCCCCGUCAGCGUCCUGCAGAACGGCGUCAAGAUGACCAACGAGCCGCCGAUGGGUCUGCAAAACAACAUUCUGAGGUCGUUUACGACGGAAGGCACGAGAGAACUGGAGGCUUUGGAGGAGAUGGCGGCGAAGAAGAAGACGUUCUUCAGGAUGCUGUACGCUCUGUGCUUCUUCCACGCAGUGAUCCAAGAACGACGGAAUUACGGGCCUCAGGGCUGGAACAUUCGAUACGACUUCAACGAGUCCGACCUGCAAAUAUCCGCGAUGCAAUUGGAACUAUGCGUCGCGAAAUACGAGAAGAUGCCGUUCGACGCGAUCAUGUAUCUUACCGGCGAGUGCAAUUACGGCGGUAGAGUGACGGACGACCGAGAUCGCAGGUGUCUCAACACCAUCCUGAAAGACUUCUACAACCCGGACGUGAUCGUCAACCCGAACUAUUCGUUCGCUCCGGACGUCGGCCCCGAGUACACCGUGCCGAAAAGGCACACUCACGAGGAUUAUAUGAGGCAGAUACAAUCGAUCCCGCUGAAUCCGUCGCCAGAGGUGUUCGGCCUCCACAUGAACGCCGGUAUAAAUCGCAAUCUCGGCCUCACGGCUGACCUGUUCGAUUCCAUGGCGCGGAUACAGGGCGGCGUGGUCACGGGCGACGCCAUGAGGCAGGACGAGAUCCUGCUGAACAUGAAACGGGACAUUUACGAGAGAAUGCCGAAUCUGUUCGACAUCGAGGAGGCGCAGAGGCGCUUCCCGAUCGAGUACAUGGAAUCGAUGAACACGGUGUUGGUGCAGGAGGUCGAGAGGUACAACGAUCUCUUGGCGGAGAUCCGGAGCAGCCUGUCAAUGUUGGAGAAGGCGGUGAAGGGACUGGUGGUGAUGACGCCGUUGUUAGAAGAAGUAGCGAACAGCAUGCUCAUCGCAAAAAUCCCGCCGAGUUGGGCAAGAGCAAGCGCCUACCCGAGUCUGAAGCGCCUGCCGAGUUUCGUGGAGGAUUUCCUGAAGCGAAUCGAAUUCCUGCAGCAUUGGCUGGACCACGGGAAGCCGCAGACGUUCUGGAUAUCCGGAUUCUCGUUCGCGCACGCCUUUCUAACGGCGAUCACGCAGAAUUACGCCAGGAAGUACAAGAUACCGAUCGAUAAGAUUACCUUCGAUUACGAGGUGCUUCCGAUUUAUGAGUCCAGCGUGUCGCCCGUCGACGGAGCUUUCGUUUACGGGACAUUCUUGGCCGGAGCUCGAUGGGACAUACCGUCAAUGUUGCUGGCCGAAAGUUACCCGAAGAUACUGUGGGACCCGAUGCCGAUGGUGUGGUUUAAACCGUGUGAAAUAGCAUCUCUUACAGUCGGCGACCGAUACGAGUGUCCAUUGUACAUCACAUCGGCGCGUUUCGGCGUGCUGAAAACCACCGGCCACUCCUCGAAUUACGUGCUGUCGAUAUUUCUAGACACGGAUCGUCCUGUGAGCCAUUGGAUCAAGAGGGGAUUGGCUUUAUUGUGUCAAUUGGACGAUUGAGACUUCACGUUAACGCAUUUGAUAUAUUCAUGGCAUUUGCGUUGCAACAAUUGUCCUUAUCCGACUCGUAAUAUUUAAUUAGUCUUUAAGGAAUUUUUUCUAGUA